GGGGAGGGUCUCCAGUCUCCACUCUGGCUGCCAUAACACAGCUCAGCUCAGGCAGGCAGGCAGGCGGGGGGAAGCGCAUCAUCCUCAGAGAAACAUGAUCAUCAGGGGAACAUAAACGCGUUAUUCGCCUCCGAUCAGAUGAUUCGACAACUCCAUGCGUUUUGCCUUAUCCUCCAAAGGACAUAACACAAGAGGCAGGCGUGCAAGGAAAGACACAAGCCGACAUCAUCAGCCGCUGCGCCGCUGUGUGAGGCGAGGUCAUCGCGGAGUAACCAAGGUUCCCAUGAUCCCCUGUGCCUUGAUCCCAGUCUAAACUCUCAAAACGACCUCAAGCCCCACCACUGACCUCAGUCAUCUCUUCAACCAGCACUGUUAUUGAUGUCUCAGAGAGGAUGUGAGUAGGCGAAGGACUGAGGGUAGAAACCCCCCCCACAAUAAGUCCAACCAAGAAAGGAACAGGGAUCACAUGGCUGCUAUGGACUGACGGGUCAACUGAUACCAGAUCACACUGGCUUUGCUUGGAAGUUGACAAUGGUGUUGUUUCUGAUUGGGAUCUCUAUUGCUGUGAAUAAUUCAUCCCAUGAGAACCAAACUGCAGAAAACCCCACCCAUCAGGGUGCUCACGUGCUGCCCUCAACACUGGUCAUCUCACUGCUUCUCAUCAUCGUUGUCCUGCUGACAAUCUACUGUUUAAGGUUCAAAAACCACAGGAAAGCUCUGGUUACCUCGGUGGACAAAAAGAUUCCAAAUGGCUUCUUGGAGGAACAAGGAGAGCAGACAGUGGUCCUCCUCCCCAGAUCUCCCUCACCAUCCAAGAGGUACUUCCCCAUCCCUCUGGAUUCACUGGAGGAGGAGUACCGGAUACGCUCUGCAGACGAUGGCAAGCUCUUCAGAGAGGAGUUCAAUUCGCUGCCGUGUUACUACCACCACGGGUCUUUUGAGGAGGCGAGCAGAGAGCACAACAGAGAGAAAAACAGAUACCCAAACAUUUUACCAUACGAUCAUUCAAGAGUCAUUUUAAGUCAUCUUGAUGGACAUCUCUGUUCGGACUACAUUAAUGCAUCAUACAUAGAUGGCUUUAAAGAGAAGAACAAAUUCAUUGCAGCUCAAGGCCCAAAGCUUGAGACAGUGGCCGACUUCUGGCGGAUGGUCUGGGAACAGAAAACAGCAACUAUAGUAAUGCUGACCAAUCUAAAAGAAAGGAAAGAGGACAAAUGUUACCAGUACUGGCCAGAAAAAGGCUGCUGGAUGUACGGGAAUAUCAGGGUGGCGAUGGAGGACUUCACCGUACUGGUGGACUACACCAUCAGAAAAUUUUGUGUUCAAUAUCAGGGCAGUGAUGGUCCCCGAGCUCCACGGCUGGUCACCCAGCUCCACUUCACCAGCUGGCCAGACUUCGGGGUGCCAUUCUCACCCAUCGGCAUGCUGAAAUUCCUCAAGAAGGUCAAGGCUGUCAAUCCGUCAUAUGCUGGACCUAUUGUUGUGCACUGCAGUGCCGGGGUGGGGAGGACUGGGACGUUCAUUGUCAUUGACAGCAUGAUCGACAUGAUGCACAUGGAACAGAGGGUGGAUGUCUUUGGCUGUGUGAGCAGAAUACGAGAGCAGCGCUGUCAGCUCAUCCAGACAGAUAUGCAGUACUCCUUCAUCUACCAGGCUCUGUUGGAGUACUAUCUGUAUGGAGACACGGAGCUAGAUGUGUGCUCUCUGGAGGGCCAUCUGCAGAGGCUUCACAACACCAGGGCUCCCCACGACAGGCUGGGCCUGGAGGAGGAGUUCAGGAAGCUGACCAACGUUCGUAUAAUGAAGGAGAACAUGAGAACUGGAAACCUUCCUGCCAACAUGAAGAAGAACCGCGUGCUUCAGAUCAUACCAUAUGAUUUCAACCGAGUAAUACUCUCAGUGAAAAGAGGACAGGAGUUCACCGACUACAUCAAUGCCUCCUUUAUUGAUGGCUACAGGCAGAAGGACUAUUUUAUCGCAACCCAGGGCCCACUGUCUCACACAGUGGAGGACUUCUGGAGGAUGGUGUGGGAGUGGAGGUGUCAUUCAAUCGUUAUGCUCACCGAACUCAAAGAGAGGGAGCAGGAGAAGUGUUUCCAGUAUUGGCCAUCAGAGGGCAGUGUAACAUUUGGAGAUUAUACUGUGGAGCUGACUGGAGAUACACAGUGUGAAACCUUCACUCUCAAAGACAUGGUGCUCACCUACAGACCAGAAAAGCAGUCACAACACGUCCGACACUUCCACUUCCACGGAUGGCCUGAGAUCGGAAUACCAGCCGAGGGAAGGGGGAUGAUUGACAUUAUUGCCGCUGUGCAGAGGCAGCAGCAGCAGUCUGGAAACCGUCCCAUAAUUGUGCACUGCAGCGCCGGUGCAGGUCGGACUGGUACCUUCAUUGCCCUCAGUAACAUUCUGGAGAGGGUGAAAGCCGAAGGCCUCCUAGACGUUUUUCAGACAGUCAAGAGUUUACGCAUGCAGAGACCACACAUGGUUCAGACUGUGGAGCAAUACGACUUCUGCUACAGAGUGGUUCAGGAUUUUGUUGACAUUUUCUCAGACUACGCCAAUUUUAAAUAAUACCUGUCAGAUACUGCUCUGUGUACUUCUGUCAGAUUAACUUAUGCAUUUUUUUCUGAAUGUUGUUUUCUAAAGCAAGCUCUUUUUACAUUUUGCACUUGAUUACAGAUCUAAAAAAUAAUUGUAACAUACUGUAUUAUAAUUGAAAACAUCUGUGCUCCAGGAGAGUCUGCCUCUUCCAGGAAGGCUUCAUCUUUAACAAUGUAAAAUAUAGAAAUUAAAGUGGGUUAUUAAUGGGUCGGUAAAAAAUAGUUUUAUGUUGCCAGUGCAACAUGGUGAGGGUGAAUAAAGGAAAUAUUCUAAGACUGUAUUCCAACUUUAUCUAUAUAAAUAAUGUAUAUAUAAUGUAGUAUGUAUUGCUCACUACCUGAAAUGCAUCAUUAAUGUGUUGUACAUGCAUUCUCUUUUAUUUCUGCUUUUGUUUGUGACCACGAUGCCUGUGGUUUACAGUCGUCUUGUAUUUUAUGCUGUCCUCUGAACAUGUUUGUUUGCUACGAGGAGAAUAAAUUGUGUGUUUGAUAAGUAAGUUAAAAUGAUUAAUGCUUUUGCUAAAACGAUGUUCUGUCCGACACAUGCGAAUAAUAUUUACGAUCGACCUUUAGCUCAAACAAAAACACGAAACUCGAGCUACAUUUCAUUCCUGGUAGAAGCCGCAAAUUACUUCACUUCUGUCUGUGAAUAACUUAACAGCUGCUGCCUGUUGCAAUUUUAUUCAACUUCACCAACUUUCUUGUGUUGCCUGUGGCAAUAUUACUUAGUGGAUUGGUGCCUGACGCUGCAAAAUGCAAUUAGCCCACAUUGGAACAGGCAGAAAAUAAUGUAUUCCUGUAUGACAUGAAUCCAAACCCAUCAUUCUUAUAGAUGUUUCAGAGCCAAAUAUUACAUCCAUACAUUUUUAUACACAUUAACAAGCCGAAUUUACACGUGCAUGUUUGCAUAAAGCAGUGCCAUAUUGAUCAGACAGUCGCUUCUGAUCAUGAGAAACUUGUCACCGAGUGACACAAUUUUAAUAUAAGCCAGAUGUUUAUGUUUAGUUUAAUAUAAUAGACACGUUUUUGGAGGUGUAUUGUUUUUGAAUGGUGGUCUCCUGUAAGGGUCAUCAAUUCAUUGCCUGGUCAAAAUGUACCAUCAUUUUAGUUGCAAGUAAGUGUGUAAGAAAUCAAGGAGACUGCAGAAAUGUGUGUUUUAAUGAAAGAGCUGAUAAGACAUGCAGUUAAACUUUGUCUGGGAUAGUUAAAAAGCAUUCAACCAGCACUCAGCCAAAAUAUGAAAUAUGCACGCACAGGCAUUUUGACAUAUUUUGACUACUAUACUUAGUCUUAGUUUCAUAUUUAAACAAGGAAACCCCAGCAUUGCUGUAAAAUCAAAAGCAUAUAUUUUUGCAAGGCUUCUGCUUACUUCUUUGUAGAACAGUGAGCUCUGAAGUCUUACGUUUGGGUAAAGAACUUUCUUACUGUGUUUGUACUUCCACUCAAUCGUAAGAUGAGUUUACUGUAUACAUGACACACUGUUCAUUUUGUUUAUUUCCUGUACAUAAAUUCUUGUUGUCAUUCACUGAUGUUUACUGCAUUGUUGAGUUCAUUUUAAUGUAUUGCCAUGCUGAAAAAACGAGACGUACUGGGCAGUGACAGUGAGGCCUUGCAGCUGAUGUAACAUAAAUGCACAAGCAUCUCGUUUCAAUGAUGUUUCUGCCUUUUGAAUCUGUACGGAUUUGAACAACUAUUUGUUUGCUAAAAGCUGAUUCCAAUAAAUUAUAGAUGGAGAGAAAUGCCAGAUUUCAUCUUAAUGUCG